AUUAUUUAAACAUAGUAGAGAGUCCUAAAACAAAGCAAAAGCAAAGUCAUCAUUUACUCAACCUUCAUUGUUUAUCUUUUUCUCUCUCAAUUGACGAUCAUUCUUUCACAAAAAAGGAAAUGGCUAAGAGCUCAUUCAAGCAAGAGCAUGAUCUUGAGAAGAGGCGCGCCGAGGCUGCUAGGAUUAGGGAAAAAUACUCAGAUAGGAUUCCGGUGAUAGUCGAAAAAGCUGAGAAAAGUGAUAUUCCGAACAUUGAUAAGAAAAAGUAUCUUGUGCCAGCUGACUUGACAGUUGGGCAAUUUGUCUACGUCAUUCGCAAGAGAAUCAAAUUGAGUGCAGAAAAGGCAAUUUUCAUAUUUAUUGACAAUGUCCUACCGCCAACAGGAGCAAUCAUGUCUGCGAUCUAUGAUGAGAAAAAGGAUGAAGAUGGUUUCCUCUAUGUUACCUACAGCGGAGAAAACACAUUCGGGGCCUGAACGGGUUGUAGAGAUCGGUUUUUCUUACAGUUCCCCUGUUUAUUGUCCCGUGACACUGCUGUGUCCUGCUUAUAUCUUCUUUCGUCUUAUCAAAGGUUCUAUUGGAAAUAAUUAUGUAUAGCGUAUAGUUCAGAAAAACAAGUGUUGCGAUAUUCUGCAAUAUGAUGUUAAUAAUCAGUUUCAUUCAAUAACUUUAAUGACUGUGUUAGUGUCCUAAUCAGUUUCUGCUUUAUAAGGGACUCAAAGUCGCUAAUUCAUUC